AAAACAUACAAUUCUUGUUAUCCUACAUAUAAACCGUGAAGAUCAUAAACGUUUAAAAUCGAAAUAAUGACUAAAAAGCUACCAGAAAUUCAACUUACUGUCAAUAAACAUGGGCAGUUAGUUCAAAAAAUUGCUAAACCAAUUCAUGAUGGAAACUUGCCUAUUACGCUGGAAGAAUUUCAAGUUCAAGCAAAUGCCGCACUAACCCAGAUGAUAGAAGAUCUCGAUGAAUUGGGUCACAUGUUGGGUGAGGGUAAUGUGGAAAACUUGGAAGCAGAGAAUAGUGCAGAUGAUGUUGAUGAUGAAGAAGAUGAGAGUGAUAACAGCACAGAUGGUUAUGACAGUGAAGAUGGUGAUGAGUCCGACAAUGAGGAUUUAAAUGAACAAAGUGGACCCAAGAAAAAGAAACAUAAUUAAAAUGAUUUGAAAUAACUGGCAGAAGAUUUCUUUUCAUUUUUUUUUGUCAUUGUGAAUGUAGGCACUAUUAUAAAUGUGCAAUAAGAAGAGGAUAAUCCCA